CCUGUGGACACAAAGAGAUCCAGUCCAACCCGAUAUAUUCAAAAGUAACAAGCCUGUUUCUUCUUCAGCAAGUCGGAAUCACUCCUCAGCUGCUAUUUGUCUGCGAUCUCUGUCUUCUGCGACGAACUCUAAGGCGAUCUCUUUCUGCGGCCAUAUCGUGUUGUUGUAAAAUGAUGAAGAUUGAUUUUAGCGGACUUGAACCGACUGCCCCAAUCAAGGGGGAGUCCUCUGAGCUGUGUGAUGGCAUCCUGAGUUCUCCAUCAUUCCAAAUUCCUAAUGCUACUAAUUUUGAUGGUUUUCAGAAAGAAGCAAUCCAAAUGGUGAAGCCUGCAAAGGGUACCACAACUCUUGCUUUCAUUUUUAAGGGAGGUGUAAUGGUGGCUGCUGAUUCUAGGGCUAGCAUGGGAGGAUAUAUAUCAUCUCAAUCAGUGAAGAAAAUCAUUGAAAUAAAUCCUUAUAUGCUUGGAACAAUGGCUGGGGGUGCUGCUGACUGCCAAUUCUGGCAUAGAAACCUAGGAAUCAAGUGUCGUCUACAUGAACUGGCUAACAAAAGGAGAAUUUCUGUUGCUGGAGCUUCAAAAUUGCUGGCAAAUAUUUUAUAUUCUUACCGAGGAAUGGGUUUGUCGGUCGGAACUAUGAUUGCUGGAUGGGAUGAGAAGGGUCCAGGACUGUAUUAUGUGGACAGUGAGGGAGGACGACUUAAAGGAAACAGAUUCUCUGUUGGAUCUGGUUCACCUUAUGCUUAUGGUGUUUUGGAUAGUGGGUACCGCUUUGAUUUAUCUGUGGAAGAAGCUGCCGAGCUGGCAAGACGAGCUAUUUAUCAUGCAACAUUCCGUGAUGGAGCUAGUGGUGGUGUUGCUAGUGUUUAUCAUGUUGGACCAAACGGAUGGAAGAAGCUAUCUGGUGAUGAUGUUGGAGAACUUCACUACAAUUACUAUCCCGUUGAACUCGAAUCAGUUGAACAGGAAAUGGCUGAAGUGCCCGUGGCCUGAGGAGAAAAAGCCCUAGGCAAUUGUUGUUAUUUUGUUUCAUGAUUGUGUAAACCAGAUCAAAUUUGUUUCAGUCGUCCAACAUUAUAGAAUUUAAGUUUAUUUUCUUCAAAUUGAAUUAUACUCUCUCAAUCUGGAUAUACUUUUCCUUGCAUAGCUUGUAAGCUCCCAUUCUCCUCCAUUCAAGUUCUGUCCUAAUUUGGAGAAGGAAAAAGUUGAGUAUUCUAGCCAA